AUGAUUAUUCAGCUGCUAACGUUUCUUGUCCUGAUCAGUGCAUCAAACUGCCAAAAAAGUCCUAAAGCUCAAUUAUCUUUCCUUCUUAAACCAAAAAUUGGUGGCAAAACCACUGUUGCUUGUAUGGUGGACGAUGGAGAGCCACCAUUUGAAUUUAAUUGGUUCAAAGAUAAUCGUGGAAUCACAAAUAACGAUGGAUUUCGUAUCAAUAAGUUGCCUGACUCUUCAAUCUUGACUAUCGAGCAAAUGUCGUCAAGUCACAAUGGGAAAUAUACAUGUAAUGUUAAAAAUAUGUAUGGAAGUGAUACACCAGCUAUCGAGAUUGCUGUUGAAGGACCUCCUUCAUGGAAAUUCAAGCAACAAGAUGUGAAAUCUAAACCAAAUGAAAAUGUCAUCUUGAAAUGUUCUGCUACUGGUCAUCCAAAACCAAAAAUUAUAUGGAAAAAGUUUGAAAACUUGAAGUGGGUAACUCUGGAUGAUGAUAAAUUGAUUGGAAAAAUUUCUGAUGAUGAAAUUAGGGUCAGCAAUUUACAUAAGAAACACGAAGGAAAAUUUGGAUGUGAAGUAUCGAAUGGAUUUGGGCCUAAUCUUUGGAAUGAAUUCAAUAUUGACAUCAUUGGUAUGAUAUGGAAGGUUUAUAUUUUUCAGAGAUCGCGGUUUUAUUUUAUAAUGAGAUGGGCUUGA